UCUCUACAUCCACUAAUGCAGGAUCAGUGCAGAAGCUGCAGCCCCCAGGAAAAAGAUCUAACUGGUGACAGGAGCCAAGAAAGAUUCAACAUCAAGAGUGUCUUCGCUUCCAGUAAAAUGCAGUGGGUGCUCGUUCUGCUGUGUGUCCUCCUGCCCCUGACCUGCCUUUGUGAAAGUGGUUUGACUGACAAAGGGCUGCUUUUCCCCAAACCAUCAGCCAAUUCCUAUGUGAAGCUCACCCCCCUGAAGCCCCUGAACUUAGAGGCCUUUACUCUGUGUAUGCGUCUGUCUGUGGAUCCAAACGUAGUUUCCAAAGAGGCACGUGAGACCAUCCUCUUCGCUUAUCGCACCCCAGACCACGAUGAGCUUAACGUGUGGCAGGAGAAGGGCAACAUCUCCUUAUACCUGAGAAGCAGCUCAGAGGGUGCUUUCUAUGCCGUCCCCCUUCUCUCCAUCUUCCGCACAGACCUGUGUGUCACCUGGGAAUCCAGCACAGGUCUGACUGCGGUCUGGGUGGACGGCCGCCGCAGCACUCUGCAGGUGUACAGGAAAAACCACAAGGUCCAGUCUGGUGGUGCUGUUAUCCUGGGUCAGGAUCCGGACUCGUUCGUUGGUAAAUUUGAUGAAAAUCAGAGUUUUGUAGGCGAGAUUUCAGGCGUGAACAUGUGGGAUUAUGUGCUGACAGGGUGUCAGAUUAAGCAAUUCAUUGAGUUAGGUUUGGGGCCAGAACCAAAAGUUCUUAAAUGGAAAACUAUGCAGUAUGAAAUACGAGUGGGCCUGAGCGGUAAGGUGUUGCUUUUCCCAUAUGAGACGGACUUCAGCUUCGUGAAGCUCACGCCCCAGAAGCCCUUGGGCCUGUCUGCGUUCACUCUGUGCAUGCGGGUGGCCACCGAGCUGCAGGGCGAGCGGCAGAUCAUCCUGUUUGCCUACCGCACUCCCGACUACGAUGAGCUCAACGUGUGGCGCGAGAAAGACGGACGCAUUUCCUUAUACCUGAGCGGAGACGGAGCUUUCUACCAUCUGCCGCCUCUCUCCACCUUCCGCACGCACCUGUGCCUCACCUGGGCGUCCCGCACCGGCCUUGCUGCCUUCUGGGUGGAUGGACGGCGCAGCGCCCUGCAGGUCUACAAACCAGGUCACAGCAUCCGAGCCCGUGGCACCGCCCUGCUGGGCCAGGACCCAGACAAGCACCUGGGAGACUUCGAGGCAGUGCAGAGCUUUGCGGGCGAGAUCACAGACGUGAACAUGUGGGAUUACGUGCUGUCGGGCAGCCAGAUUAAAGCGCUGUACUUCAACCAGAGGCAGCGCGUCCCGCGAGGAAACGUCUUCGACUGGGGCUCCAUCGAAUACGAAAUCCACGGAAACGUGAUGGUGGUGCAAGACGACUGACUACACCCGGUCGACGUGGUGAACACACGCUCACACACACACUCACACACGUGUUGGCACGAGAUUGUAGUUCUAACACUUUGUCUUCUGAGCUCAAACGUUUAAUGCGUUGACCUUAAUUGUCACUUUCCUGUAUUAUAUAAAUGUAUUAUAUAAUCACUUAAUUCUCUAAUAAAGGACUGUUUUAUAUUCGUG